AUGUCUUCAAACACUCAAGGCUCCUCGCAAGGCUCCUCUCAGGGCUCCUCAAACCAGGGCUCUUCCAAUCAAGGCUCCUCGCAAGGCUCUUCAAGCCAGUGGGGUCACUUCCAGCCACCGAACCAAACUCACGGCCCACGAUGGUGCGACUGCCAAGAUCGCUGCAGCGAAGAGCGGACGCUGAACGAGCACUCGCAUAGCCUCAAUUCUCUCAAAAGGACUGUAGUCUACUCAAAAAUGUGCGUGAAGCACAUUAGCAGAGUGAUUUCGCUCUACAAUCCGUCUCGUGCUUCACAUUUGUCUGCCAUUGGCACUGACGCAUUCGAUGCCCGUUACGGUCGUUCGCUUGACGAUACCCUCGCACGUCGUCCUUCCCGACAAGAAGCUCAAGCGCGAUAA